AAGGGAAAACCCACAUCAUUAUAAAACUUAUACGCCGCAUCAGGAGCAUCCCUCUCAAAGCAGAACCUCAACAAGAUAUUCCAAGCCCACUCGACAUUCUUCCUCUUCUCGACCUGCGCCUGACGAAGCAUACCCACACCGAACGCGAUCUUCCCCUCCUUCAACAGCUGAAGCACGCGUUUCGCCAGCAUCUCCGGGUCCUUCAACCACUUCAACUCCUCCCUGAUCAUGUCAAACGGCGCCUUCAAAUGCUUCUCCGGUAUCGUCCCCUGCGCAGACGCCUGGGUCUUCCCCGUCGCCAACGCAAACAGCACAUUCUGGACUUGAGCCAUCUGGUACGGAUUCGGGAAUUUCACGCCAUCCCUCAGCCGCGGUCGAGGCAUAUAGGGCACACGAGUGCGGGGCGCAUGUUUAGCCGGAUGGGCCACUGGGUCCUCCUUUAUCAUGAUCAAGCUCGACUCCGGACGCUGCGGCUUCUUCCCACCGCCGAUAUCCUUGUUGUCGUUGCCGUUGAAGUUGUCGUUCUCGUUGGAUUUAUCGUUGGAGUUGUCGUUGGAGUUGUCGUUGGAGUUGUCGUUGGAGUUGUCGUUGGAGUUGUCGUUGGAUAUAUCGUUAGAUUUAUCGUUGUCGUUGGAAUUGGAAAAGGAGAUAUCGUCAGACCGCGCAACCGGAGAUCCCACCGCAUCCCCCGACAUGUAUCUCAAGAAUAUGCCUCCAAUCCGCACCGGUCUCAGACGGUAUUGAUUACGGACUAGGGUUUGGGACGAUUGCGCGCCGAGGGGGAGUCUCAUGGGCAUGGGCAUGGGCACGGCCGAUGCCAUGCAUCUCCCAGCGCCCGUCCGGAGCGCAUUGGGAUUUGCGCACCGAAGCAUCUAAAGAGCGAAGUCGACUCGUGAGAUAUGAAAUAUAAAAUAUCUGA